AUGCAGGCUUGCACUGUCUACGGGCAGUGGAACAUUUGCAUGGGAGCCCUGUGCUGCAGUUCGCCGGUUCAAUCGGAAGAAGAAACGAGUGUCGUCGUUGUACCGGCGGUUACUUCAACUUCCAAUGAGCUCGGUCCGCCUUUUUUUUAAUCGUAAAUAUCUUAAUUUCAAUAAAUCACUAACCAUGAUUUUCUUCACUUUAAAAUUUAAAAAAAUCUAUACCUUUUUUCGCGCUUUCAUUCAAUAUGUUUUCGAAAAUAAAUCCUUCUAUUGAAUAAAAAACCAACAUAAGUUUUUCAAGAGUUCACGCGUGGCAAUCUUCUUGUUUUCGUCAAUCCAAACUCUGGCAGCGGAAAGAGCUUGAAAACCUUCGAGAGAAGAGUUGCACCUCUUCUGAGACGCAACAAAAUCAAGUACGAGCUCAUUGUUACAAGUAAGUAUUUAAUGUUAGGAAGGUAGAAAUCAAGAGGUGAUAAGUUUUUUUUGACCUUAAAUAAUUUUGCAGCUGGCCGAGAUCAUGCUAAAUCCGUGGUGAAAACGAGAACAGAUCUCGAUUGUUUCAAUGGGGUUAUGAUUCUCUCGGGAGAUGGCCUUGUUUUCGAGGUAAAACGGAAAAAAAUUUGGUUUCCCUACUUUUUUUCAAAGUUAUUUUUUUAAUAUGAGACACAUGCAUCCAUGAUAUACGUUUUGUUUUUUUUUUCAUUCAAAGAAAUCGAAAAUUAUUUUUUGCUUCUACUUCAGGUGUUGAAUGGGAUUGUCGAUAGGAAAGACUUUGUGGCUCUGCUGCCGAACUUACCCUUAAGCGUGGUUCCGAGUGGUUCCGGAAACGGUCUUCUCUGUUCGGUUCUUGAAAACACGGGGUGAGUGUCGAAAAGGUUUCCUCAUGCGACAGAGAUUGCAGAAAGAGUCUCAAACAGAAACAACUCAUGUCGUCGGCGGUAGAGAUGGCAACUUCGACCUCGAGCAAGGCGAUUCCCGUCAGCCUCUUUCACGUUCAAACCGAUACCCAGCAUCUUUUGUCAUUUCUCUCGCUCGGCUGGGGUCUCAUGGCCGACAUCGGUGAGGACUGCUCCCUGACUCGCGAAUGAAUUUUGUCAGAUAUCGAAAGCGAAAAGUGGAGAAAGACGCUCGGCUCUAAUCGAUUUACGUUAGGAGCUCUCAUCCGCACUAUUAGUAAGUAUUCAAUUUUUAUCACUUUUAAAGCCGUUUCUAAAAUCAUUUUUCUUGGUUCCGAACUAAUUUAGCGUUGGAAAAUGUUUUCCGUCCUUUUCGCCUCUUUUUGUCAGAAAGCUCAUUCCAGAUCUCCGAACCUAUAGAGGACGUUUGUCGUUCAAGCCCUACGAGGAAAAUAUCCGUUUCGCCACGUCUACUUUUUACAAUGUCUACCCAGAGACUCCGAAUUCUAGAGUGCUCAAAAAUAAAAAAUAAGCGCUCAUAGGGGAAUUUUCAAGAUACGCAAACAAGCCGGAAUCCACUCGGACGAAUCUUCAAUAAAUGGGACAACGGAUUGGAGUGAACUGCACGUCGACACGCUCGUUCCACCGCUUUCUGAGCAAACUGGACCCGAUUGGACCGUCAUUGAAGAUGAAUUCGUCGGUGUUUAUGCGGUCAGUUUCAUUUUCGAGUCGUCAUUGAGAGCACAAAUUUUUUAGUCGUCAUUAAAAAAUAGUUAGUUUAACAAAGGUUUCUCUGUGCUUCUAGCGAUAUUAUUUCGCGGGCUCAAGGUCACAGUGAAUUAACAAAACACCAUAAUAACUACUCUGUUGCUCAGUAAUUCGUUUAAGAAGAUAAAAGUGUGAGUAUUGGAAAGAAUUAAAACGGAGUUCAAACUUAUAGGUGACGUUAUCAAGGAUUUCGGCCGACGGUCCUUUCGUUCCGAAUGCGAAGCUCGAUGAAGACAGAAUACAUCUGACCUAUAUUCUGAAGCGCGACGUUUCCAGCCGCAUGGACCUCAUCAAUUUCUUGUCUGCUAUUGAAUCCAAGAAGCACCUCGAUAUGCCUUUUCUCAAGGUUUCUUUUUUUUUUUAAAGUGACUCAUAAUCUUUUUUUCACAUUUGAUACAAUUUUUUUCAUUAUUUUAAUUACUACUUCCACGGGAUUCAAGAUUUUUUUGAGAAAAAAAUCUUGAAAAACCUGUAUAUUUUCAAAACGGGCCUCUUCGAAGUGAAAAAUUGAUUACGAGCAUUUGGGUGAUUUUUCCUUUUUGGCAUUCUAAAAAUUUCAUCAUAAAUAAAUGAUGUAUUGUAAGUUUUUACUUAAUCCAUGAAUAGCUUUCAAAAAAACUAUGUCAUCAGAAACUUUUUGAACUUUUUUUGAAUCUUUAUAGCUUCAAAGUCUUUUAUUAUUUUAUUCUUUUUUCAAAGUAGUUCCCGCAAAAUGCAAAGUUAUCUGCAACUAUCAAACUUUAGUUAUCUUUUUCUUUCUCUGACGGAUAUUUUGGAUUUCGCGGAAUCAUUUUGAACAUGUCGUUAUGAUGUAGCUUUUUUUUGAAAUGAAAUUCAAAUUAUCACAAUCAUAAAUUUUCAUUAAUUCAUGUACACGUGAGUUCAGUUCUUUUUGUCUUAUGAUAUAGAAAACUUCGAUUGAAGUAGAAUACAUUGAAUGUAAUAAAUCACUAAUUUUUCAAAACUUUGAAACGGGCCCAUCAUACCUUUCGAGUUCACUUCACGGCCAAAUAAAAUUUGCUCAGGCUUUGUUGAAUUUUGAACUACGAAUACGCUUCACUCACUGAUAGGUUUUUUAAAAGAUUUCUCUAAAAAUGGGGAAAACCUCUUUGUCUUAAGCCAGCAGUAUAUGGACUGUGUUAGUGAUUUUUACCCUAUUUCUGAGCUUUCAUCAGAAUUACUCAAACAAAAAAAUUAUAUAGGAAAAAUAUUUAUUCAUCAAAAAAAUAAAAUAAAUAUGGUAAUGUUAUAAUCAUAGUUUCUGAUAGUUUUGUUGAUACCCACAUCUCGAUAUGAAAAUCGAUAGAUUCUCUCGUCUUUUACACUAACGAAAAACGUGUUCAGAAGGUUGAAGUGUCGUCUUUUCGUCUGAAUACGUUGUCUGAAGGCUCUUUUAUCGUCGUCGACGGCGAAGUCGUCGACACCAAAUCCGUUCAAAUCACUUCCACGCUCCUAAAAACUGCUCUUUUUGCUCUUUGA